CUCUUUUGCUUUCUCAUUAGCCUUGUGCAAAGUUUGACAAAAUGCCUCACUCAUUUGGUCUUCGUGCUCGCACCCGCCACAUGUUCUCGCGCAAGUUCCGCGAACAUGGUGCUAUUCCCUUGUCGACUUACUUGAAGACCUACAAGGUCGGUGACAUCGUCGACAUCAAGGCCAACGCUGCUGUCCAGAAGGGCAUGCCUCACAAGUUCUACCACGGUCGCACCGGUGUUGUCUACAACGUCACCAAGUCUGCUGUCGGUGUCAUUGUCUACAAGCGUGUCGGCAACCGCUACAUGGAAAAGCGUGUCAACCUCCGUGUUGAGCACGUCAAGCACUCCAAGUGCCGUCAGGAAUUCUUGGACCGUGUCAAGGAAAACGCUCAGAAGAAGAAGGACGCCAAAGCCAAGGGUGUCCAGAUCAACGUCAAGCGUAUCCCUGUCCAACCCCGUGAGGCCCGCCACGUCUCCACCAAGGCUAAUGUUCCCCAGACCAUCACUCCCAUUCCUUAUGAAACUCUCUUGUAAGAGUAAGCAAAUGUGGAAUUUGGAUGUUGUGUUUUGCAUGAUUUCAAUUCAUCAAUAAAUGUAUUUGAGAUCAACCUUA